UUGAUUCGUGGUCGCUCAAACGAAUUCGGGAAAGGUAUAUAGGAACUCCUUGAUCCAAUUUUCCUUUUACCGCACUACAAAGGUGAUCACUGUGCUCUUCACUGUGCUCUUCACUGUGCUCUUCACUGUGCUCUUCUGUUUUUCAAGUUGAAUUGAAUCGUCGAAAAUGCAUCGCCAAGGCAGCGGUAAAAGAAAGAUACGCAUGUACCAGCACMGCAGGCCAAACUUCGACCGCGCUGAAGAUACAAGCAAACCAUGGGCAAAAACCGGAGCGUGGUUCUUGGGACCAAAGGCUGACAACGCAGAGGAAUUUAAAGGCUUCGUCAACAGAGCAAUAGAAACMCAUAUCAAGUUCAGAGAUAGUUAUUUUCCAUUUGACCCACCCUACGUCACAGACGAAAUGCGCCAAUCAGCUUCGUUCCAAGAAGUUAUGAAGAAAACUGACGACGAGCUUCAGAAUAUGCAGAAACAGCUCAUUAAAGCUGUGCCUUUCUUUAGUUCUCGUUACAAGGGUCAUGUGACAUGGGACACCGUCAUGCCUUCCAACCUCGGUUACAUCACUGCCUUGCUGUUUAAUGCAAACAACUGUGCUGCUGAAGCCUCCACUGUGACUACUCCAUAUGAAGUAGAAGUGGGCUUGGAUCUCUGCAAGAUGGUWGGCUUCGAUCCGGACAAGGCCAUGGGUCAUCUUGUCACUGGAGGUACUUUAGCGAACAUCGAGUCUAUGUGGGCUGCUCGCAACGUCAAGUACUAUGCUUUAGGUCUUCAAGAAGCAAUCUUGAAAGAAGAUGCUCUUGCCAACGCAAGGGAACUUACUGUUUAUCUACCAUCAAAGAAACAAGACGUGAAGAUUGUGGAUGCAACGAGCUGGGAACUUCUGAAUCUGAAAACAGAUGAGAUCAUCGAACUACCAGAAAGGGUAGCCACAAGGUGUGCCAUCAGUGAAUCAGACUUGUCAGGCAUAUUGUCCAAUUAUGCUUACGAGUCUAUUGGCACCCAGGUUUUCUUGGAGCGUCACAACCUUAAAACAAACCCCUGUUCCCUUGCACCUACCACGGCCCACAUUUCGUUGUUYAAAGGAGCCACGAUAACUGGUAUAGGCAAAGCAAAUCUGAUUACAGUCCCUGUCGAUGAGAAUGCUAGAAUGRACGUUAAGGGUUUGCGAGAYAUCCUGGAAGACAAGCUGGCCAAUCAAAUCCCUGUCGUCAGCGUGGUAGCAGUGAUGGGUACCACUGAAGAGAGUGCUGUAGACCCCCUCGUAGACAUUCUUGAGAUCCGGGAAGAAAUGAGAACAAGAGGGUUGGACUUCAUGAUUCAUGCUGAUGGAGCAUGGGGAGGAUACUUCUGUACCAUGUUACGUACUCCACCAACUCCAUUGGUUCAAACGAGUGAGGACUCCUCUUGGUUUGUACCCGAGCUAAACCYCAAUUCCUACACUGUAGCCCAACUAUCAGCGAUCCCAAACGUUGAUACCAUCACCAUUGAUCCACACAAAAGUGGUUUCUGUCCCUACCCUGGUGGUGCUACCUGUUAUCGUGAUAGAAGGAUCAACAAUUUCUUGGGAAUCACUAACCAGGUUACCUAUUACCAUGGAUCACUGAAUCUUGGAGAUGUUGGUAUUGAAGGAUCCAAACCCGGAGCAGCUGCUGCCGGAGUUGUCAUGGCACACAGGGUGGUAGGUCUGCAUAAGAAUGGCUAUGGAAGAAUCCUUGGUGAAUGCACUUUUACUGCUAAGCUGCUUUAUUGCUACUGGACCACUCUUGCAAAUUGGGACGACCCAUUCUUCAUUGUACCCACCAAACCUCUACCCCCUGGCCGUACCCGUGAAGAACACAUCAAAUUCAUCAAAAGGCACAUUAUUGGAAAAACAAACGAAGAAUUGGUUGAGAAUGAUGAAGUGAUGGAAUAUCUUCGUGAAGUUGGUCCAGAUACAAAUGUUCCUUGCUUCACCUUGAAUGUUAAGGGCAACACUGAUGUGAACAAAGUCAAUGACAUCGUCCAGGCCGUAUUUAAAGAUCUUUGCAUGUCGGAUGACAGGAUCGCUUCUUUCAGGUUUCCAAUGAUUGUGACUGCAUCGACUUAUGCACAUCAUCCGCACAGCGUUGCACUGAAGGAACUCAAAAAACGACUAGGGGUUGAUCCAUACGACACUACCGGUGUCAAGUACAUCAUCACCACYUGCAUGGAUCCUUGGGCUACGAGCAUGGAAUUCCUGGAAGAAUUGACAUCAAUUAUGAGGAACACCAUUCUCUGUUCCAUUGGGACGGUGACAGAUCCUAAUGUCCAUCAUGACCUCGUAACCACUGGUCACAUCGAUGGGAAGAACAACAUGAUUGUGUACUAUGCUGGAAAGUUCCCCAACGUCUCACACCAGUACCACGCUCUUGCAAAAGUUCAGUUCAUCAAUCCCGCUGAUGGAGAGCCAGCAAUCCAGGGAGCCGCAAGAAGGGGAACAGAACCUCUGGUGUUACGAAGUGUGGAGCAAAAAUGCCUUCAUGAUCUGUUGUUGUAUGACUUUGAAGAGGGAGAAGAGGGAAGACGGGAACCUGAAGUUGAGGUGGACUGCUACUCUGGUAUCCCAACUGGAGACAACAGGCCUUUCAUGAGAACCAAAAUCAGGGUUGUGGACGUGUCCAGGUUUGAUCACUUUGAUGCCAGUGUUUUCAAGUAUCCUGACAAGAGCACGUACUUUCUGUAYGGAGAUGAAGAGAAGGCCUACAUCUCGCACAUUCCAGUUAAGAAGCCAGACUUCCUGCAAUUGGUUGAGCUUGAAGACAUACCUUACGGUGUUUCCAAGAUUCUUCUCAGUUAUGGAAUUGAAAUCGAGAUCGUUGGAAUCCCCMAAGAAAGGCGCAGUGGUGGCGAGAUUGAUGACCCCUUGACGGAAAGUUCAUACAUYGUGUCCUUCAUAGGGGAGGAUGCAGAAGAGCAAAGGGCCACUAUUAAGAUYGGCAGAAAAAUCUGGUUUGACUCUGACUUCAUUAACAACGAUUAGAAGAGUGGUCUGUGAAACRAGUCUUCUUCCGAGAACUGAAAGAAAACAUAUACGCACUUACCAAAUGAAGUAGAAUGGAUAUAGGAGAAAAAUAAUAAUAAUAUAAUCAAUAAAGUUAAACUAUAGAAUGCAAUGCAUGGAUAAUACUGAAUAAAUUGACUCCCCGCAAUUAUUUCUUGCCAAAUCAAUAAAGAGUUUUAGAGUCUUGUUUACGGCAAACGUGAAGCGUCGUUGACUCUUUAAAAYCCAUAGUAAAAAGUAAUCGCAAAAGUUUCCAAGUAGUAGAUAAAUAAAAGAAUAUUUGUCUUUGGUGAAAAGGUUUGCAAAAGGUUAAGUGAAACACAGAAGAACGACGAAAAAGUGGUCACGUUUGCCAUCGCGGGAAGGAAAACGUCAAUUCUACAACUCCCCCCUCCACACAAACAUUAAAUCAUGAACACUAAUAAACAUUAGGCUUCGAACUU